UCCUUCAACUGACCCCAUUGCGGCGCAUCCUCUCCGCUGGGGGCGGGGACUGCAGCCCUUCCUCCACUAGAGCUCUUAGCGCGCCCGGUAUUCGGCAGAGGCUGCUCCGCUGGGUCUGCUCCGCUGGGUCUCCUCCGCAGUUCCGGACGCAGCUGCCGAUAUCUGCGCGGACCGUGAAUCUAUCUGUCGCAGGUGAUUUCAGAAAAAUGAGGCUACUUAGUAGUGUUAUACUCAUGACCUACUGUCAUUUGUUGAAAGCAUUCACUAUCUCAGUGACCCAGGACGUGUAUGUGGUAGAGUAUGGCAGCAAUGUGACAAUGGAAUGCAAAUUCCCAGUAGCAAAAGAGUUAAACCUGUCUGCAUUAGUUGUCUACUGGGAAAUGGAGGAUAAGACAGUUAUUCAAUUUAUAAAUGGGACGGAAGACCUGAAGGUUCAACACAGUAGCUACAGCGAGAGGGCCCAUCUGUUGAAAGACCAGCUCUUUUCGGGAAAGGCUGCACUUCAGAUCACAGAUGUGAAACUGCAGGAUGCAGGUGUAUACUGCUGCUUGAUGAGCUAUGGAGGCGUCGACUACAAGCGGAUUACUUUGAAAGUCGAUGCCCCAUACCGCAAAAUCAACCAAAGAAUUUCUAUGGAUGCAGCCACCUCUGAAUAUGAACUAACAUGUCAGGCUGAGGGUUACCCCAAGGCUGAAGUCAUCUGGACAAGCAGUGACCAUCAAGUCCUGCAUGGCAAAACCACUAUCACCAAUUCCAACAAAGAGGAGAAACUUUUCAAUGUGACCAGCACGCUUAAAAUCAACACGACAGCUAAUGAGAUUUUCUACUGCACUUUUCGGAGAUCAGGUCUUGAAGAUAACGCUACUGCUGAGUUGGUCAUCCCAGAACCAUUAAGAGAUCCAGGGAGGACUCACUUGGCAAUUCUAGGAGCUCUCCUGGUGACACUUACAGCCCUGGAACUCAUCUUCUGUCUACGAAGAGAUGUGAGAAUGAUGGAUGUGGAAAAUUGUUGCCCUGGAGGCAUGAACUCAAAGACACAAAAUGAUACACAGUUCGAGGAGACGUAAUCCAGCAUUGAAACUUCUGAUCUUAAAGCAGGGAUUCUCGGCCUGUGGUUUGGGUUCAUCAGGGCCGAGCAUGUGGUGACAAUGGGCUGGCAGGCUGCAGGCAAUGCAGGACUUAAAAGAAUGGUGGAGUUAGAAAGUAUAGCCUGGAAGGAAACCUCGAUACCUCAAUGACUGGGAGACUCAUCUGUGCCUAUGAAAGGGAGAAAGGAUGCUUCUGAAUGACAAGCCUCCAUGCAAAUUGUCCAUUGCUCAUCCUAGGAAAGCAGGUUGAGAUUCCCUGAUUUAAUGGUCAGUUCCUGCAGAAGUGCCCUUUGCCUUCACCCCAUACCUUGCAUUAUCUCCUGUAUGAUUAAUAGUCCCAGUGUUGCAACAGAAUUUAAGUAUGAGUUAUUUCUAUUUAUUGUGAGUCUUUGGGGUCUUGUCAUGUGAGUUGGUUAUGCAUAAUUUCUUUUGAAGAUAUUUUGUAGUGUAAGUUAAAAUUGUGUCACCAAAUUAUACUCAAUGUUUUCAUGUGUCCAGUAAAAUGUAUACUAUUUGUAAGGUCCUUUGUAUCCUCUGUAACUAUUGAUACAUAAGAAGUACAUAAAACAAAACAUUGGUUUGUAUAGGAUAUUACCCUAUUUAACUCAUUGCUACUUUGGAUGACUUGAAUAAUCUUAU